AUCAGCUCAGCCGCAAAUUCUCGAAGCUCCAUCCUGGUGGUGGCAAAUCUGCCAAGUCAGGUGUUGAGAGUGGCAAAUAUCUGAACUUCUCCCAAGAAGCUCCAAGCAGUAAGCAAUGGGCGCCCUCGCCGCCCUUCUCAUCGCAGCCCUGCUCGCCGCGCUCGCGUACCUUCUCUACUUACUCCGCUCCCUCGUGUGGGUUCCGCACCGCCUGGAGCGCCGCCUCCGCCGGCAGGGCAUCCGGGGGCCCCCGCGCAGCUUGCUCGACGGCAACGCGGCCGAGUACGGCGCCCUGAUCGCCGCCCAUUCAGCGCCACUGGCCUCCUUCCACCACGCCUUCAUCAGCCGCGCCGCGCCGGAAUACCGCGAGUGGCCGGCGCAGUAUGGCCGCCCGUUCGUGUUCUGGUUCGGGCCCCGGCCACGGCUGGUGGUGUCCAGCCCGGAGGUCGCGAAGGCCGUGCUGACCGACUCGUCCGGGACCUUCGGAAAGGGUUCCGGAAGCAGCGUCAACCCACUCUCUCGGCAGCUCCUCGGCGAGGGGCUGGUGGGGCUCACCGGGAAGAAGUGGGCGCACCACCGCCGUGUUAUCUCGCCGGCGUUCAACAUGGAGAGAAUCAAGGGUUGGAUCCCAGAAAUAACAGCUAUCACCUCAUCCAUGCUGGAUUCAUGGGAAGUUCAAGGAGAUACCCGCGUUGAGUUUGAGAUUGAUGUAAAUAAAGAAUUCCACACUUUGAGUGCGGAUGUCAUUUCUUGUAUGGCCUUUGGAAGUAGCUACGAGGAAGGAAAGCGGAUUUUUAAAUUGCAAGAAGAACAGGUACAACUUGUCCUCCUUGCAAUGAGAACCUUCUACUUUCCUGGAUUCAGUCUUAGGUUUGUGCCAACAAAGAAGAACCGGAGAAGGCAUAGCCUAAACAAGGAAAUCCAAAAUUCUUUGCGCCGAUUGAUUGAGAUAAAUAAAAAAAAGUGUGAAGAUACCAAAAAUUUGCUGGGCUUGAUGCUAUCAGCCAGCAAAACUGACAAUGAGUUUAAAAUGGGCAUCAAAGAAAUCAUUGAUGAGUGCAAGACAUUUUACUUUGCCGGUAAAGAAACAACUGGAAAUUUGUUGACAUGGGCAACACUUCUGCUGGCAUUGCAUAAAGAAUGGCAGCACAAGGCCCGAGAUGAAGUCCUGCAAGUGUGUGGCAAGAGCGAGCACCCAAAUGAGGAAACCGUUAGCAGCCUCAAAAUUGUAAAUAUGGUGUUGAAGGAGACCCUCAGGCUGUAUCCUCCAGCUCUCUUCAUCAACAGGACAGUCACUAGGGACGUGAAGCUGGGCAAACUCGACAUCCCUGCCGGCACGCAGCUCAAUCUGCCUAUUAUUGACCUGCACCAUGAUGUCGACAUAUGGGGAGCUAAUGCGGAGGAGUUUGAUCCGUCGAGGUUUGCAGAUGGCAAGAGCCAUCACCUUGGUGCAUACUUCCCCUUUGGGAUUGGCCCUGCCAUCUGUGUUGGGCAGAAUCUCGCGAUUGUUGAGGCAAAGAUGGCGCUUGCAAUGCUCCUCCAGCGGUUUGCGUUUGAUGUCUCGCCGUCCUAUGUUCAUGCGCCCAUGAUGGCGAUGACCCUCCAUCCCCAGUAUGGUGCUCAACUUCUUGUCCACAAGAUCUGAGCCUUGUGUGGUGCCUGACUUAUAUGGAAUUAGGAGGCGUGACAGCAAGGUACUCCCUCCGUCUCAAAAUAAGUGUCUCAACCUUAAUAUAACUUUGUAUUAAAGCUGAUAAAAAAUUAAGACACUUAUUUUAGGACGGAGAAAGUAUAUGUGAACGCGAUGUCUCCGUGUCUCCUGCAUCCGUGUGGAUUUUGAGCGAUUUGUAAUAAGAGGUUGCUAACUUGUCUGAAGUUUGUCCUGAAAAUGUGUAUAGAAAUUGUAACAUCUCGAA